CACAAAAAAAGAAGAAGGAACAAAGCUAAACAAUGGCGUUGAACGUUAUAGCAGGACCUGGGCGUCUAUCUUCAGCCACAUCUCUCACCUUCGUUUCCACCAUUAAAUCAGCCUUUGUUAAACCUCCUUCACCCUCCUCUCUCAGAACCACCACCCGAUUAGUUUUCUCUUCGUUCCGUCGACGAGGCUUCCACGGUGGUCGGUCAAUAAGCCAGAGGACGAGUGGCGGGCGAUUCUCUCCCCUGAACAAUUUCGGAUUCUCAGACAGAAAGGCACUGAAUAUCCAGGAACAGGAGAAUACAACAAACUAUUCGAAGACGGCAUCUAUUGCUGUGCAGGAUGUGGAACUCCUCUCUACAAAUCCACCACCAAAUUCAACUCUGGUUGUGGUUGGCCAGCUUUCUUUGACGGACUCCCCGGAGCCAUAACCCGAACUCCCGAUCCAGAUGGGAGUCGAGUUGAGAUUACAUGUGCAGCUUGUGGAGGACAUCUCGGUCAUGUUUUUAAAGGAGAAGGUUUCCCUACACCUACGGAUGAGCGACACUGUGUGAACAGUAUAUCUCUCAAGUUCACACCAGAGAAUCCAAACCUGUAAUAAAUACGAUCAGACAAAAACAUGUAUGAUAACAUAGUGUUGUGUUGUGUGGUGCUUCGAUGCCUCUCGCUCUCUCUUACUGUGUUUCGUCUUUGGUCGGUAAAACUAGUGUUUUGUUUCGAUGGCUAGCAGGAAAGGUCGUUGAAUAAAGUCUCUAGACUCUUUGUUUA